AUGGUGCUCACACACACCACGAACCAUUCCUACUCUCACCCCUUUCCCGCCGUCACCCUCGCGUACUUCCUCCGUUACUGCAGUCCCCAUCUUAACCCCUUCGCCAGCCAUGUUAUCAGCUCCGACACCCUCUCGUGCUAUGUCGACCCAGAAACGGGCCGUCUGCACACUACACGCAUCCACUUGAAGAAGUCACGUCUUCCCCCCGCUGUCAUGAAGCUGCUCCCAGCCAGCCUGACGGGCGGCGCGGCCGACAAGGCGUCCUACAUCCUCGAGACCAGCGUAGUGGACAUGCGAGAGGGCUGGCUGGCGAGCGAGAGCCGCAACCUCAAUUACGUUGGUAUCCUCUCCGUGGUGGAGCGCCAGCUAUACACCGUCCCCAAGACGUUCAGCGCCUCGACCGAAUCGACUGACGUCGAGACCAAGGUUGUCUUCCGUUCACGGCUCGGCGAGCGCAUCCGCGACCGGCUGGGUCAAGUGCAAGCGCAGGCGCAUGCGGAGGCCGAGGCAGCCGGUUCUGCCGGUGGAUGGUUUGCUCGGCUGGGAGCCAAGGGCAUCCAACGCAGCAUUGAGAGCCUCGCCUCGACCAAGACGCUAGACCAGCUGGGCAAGAGCCGUGAGGGCAUGCGCAUCGUCCUCGAGAGGCUACGGCAGACGGGCAUCAACCGCGUACUGGAGCUGAGGAAGAUGGCUAGGGAGCGUGCAUUUGAUGGUGCUGCUGCUUGA